ACCGACCAUGGUGCCAAAUGGGGGGCCAAUGAUUUUACCCCCUUUCACAAGCUAACUGUUCCAUCUUACCGUUCCCUGUCUGAUUUCCAGGUAGUAACUAUCUUUUCAUCCGCCAUUAACGCGCCCAUCAUCAUCCUCCGAUGUCACAGCCGGAGCUCAUUUUCUAUCCGACCGCCGUGGUUUUGUCUCCUUGAAUUGAUCUUACGCGCCGAUUUUGCUGAUGAUAAGCUCACAUCAUCCAUAUGCAUCGAUCCCAAACAGGAAAAAAGAGUUGAAGAUCAGUUUCAAAAAAACAUGGUUUUAGAAAAAGCUUCCACUUCCAGCUUAUGCUUUGAUUGCAACAUAUGUCUAGAAUCUGCCCACGAUCCGGUGGUCACACUUUGUGGCCACUUGUACUGCUGGCCUUGCAUUUACAAGUGGCUCCAUGUACAGGGCCCGACCCCGGAUUCAGAAGACCAUCCCCAGUGCCCUGUUUGUAAGGCUCACAUCUCAAAAUCUACGCUGGUCCCACUCUAUGGCCGCGGUUGUUCAUCAUCAUCAUCAUCCGACACCGAAUCCAAUAAACAUGGAACGGAAUCCUCCAUUCCUCAAAGGCCACCUGCUAUUGGCACGAAUAUGCCACUGCCAAACGCAGCACAUCCACGGGAGCAACCUCAAUCACCGCCCCCUUUCCAUGCUUUUGGCAGCUUCGGGCCUUCUGUGGAGGUUGCUGGCAUCUUCAGCCCAAAUGUGGGGAUGUUUGGGGAAAUGAUCUUUGCAAGAAUGCUUGGUUGCACCGACACGACCGUGUUUGCUUAUCCAAGUGCAUCUGCAUUUGCCGCCACCGGAGGUGGUGGUAGCCCCAGAGUGAGAAGGCAAGAAAUGCAAGUGGAGAAGUCUCUUAACAGGUUAUCCAUCUUUCUAUUGUGCUGCUUAAUCUUGUGCCUUCUUUUGUUCUAAUAACUAAGUUCCUAAUUUUCUUUCAUUUGUAUGAAGUAUAAGCAAAAAGGGCUUCUCCUACUAUGAUUCAUGCCAAAUCGGUCAAAGGUUCUAUCUUUUCUCCGCCUAGAUUCUUAAUCAUCAUCAUCGUCGCCCAUUUUUUCCCAAUUUCAAUCCGAAAUCUGCAUCGUCCCCUUUCUUUAUUGCUGGGUUUCCUCCGGCGGACCAUAUUCAUCGCCCGUAUUCCUUUUUUUUGUUAUGCGUGCCCGCGAGUUUUGACGGUGGAUUGCGUGAGAAGUUAGAUUCUGGGCAUUCAACAAUUGGGUUUUUGAAUCUUUAAUUUUGAAUCUUGUUUCGUUAAUGGCGAUGGUCUGAUUCAUUGGGCUAUUGUUGUUGGGAUUUCUUGUCUAGCUGAUAAGGGUUUCUGGGCAUGCCUUGUUUUUUCGGAUUGAUUGGUUUGGCUGGCUAGAUUUUGAUUGGAUUUGUCUGAUGGCGAUGAAUUGUGGCGGGGAGAGCUUGUGUAGUGGGAUAGAGAUUGAGAGUAGGGGUUUCAUGGAAGAUUGCCCGGACAGGAAUCUUGAUUGUUUAGGCAAAUCCUGGGGAUUUGAUUGUGGGAAGGGGAAGUUAACAGACGAUGUUGCUGAUUUGCUGCCUCGCGAUCCGUUUGGUAUGGAUAUUAACACAACCAUGACCGAACUCUCUGGCAUCACCGGUUGGAUUGA